GAUCUGGAACCAAUAAUGGAACUGGGGCGAGGUGCGUACGGGGUCGUGGAGAAGAUGCGACACGUGCCCAGCGGGCAGAUCAUGGCGGUGAAGCGGAUCCGGGCCACAGUAAAUAGCCAGGAGCAGAAAAGGCUACUGAUGGAUUUGGAUAUUUCCAUGAGGACAGUGGACUGUCCUUUCACAGUCACCUUUUAUGGUGCACUCUUCCGGGAGGGUGAUGUUUGGAUUUGCAUGGAACUCAUGGAUACGUCGCUAGAUAAGUUCUACAAACAAGUGAUUGACAAAGGCCAAACAAUUCCAGAGGACAUCUUAGGGAAAAUAGCAGUUUCUAUUGUAAAGGCGUUAGAACAUUUACACAGUAAGCUCUCUGUCAUUCAUCGAGACGUCAAGCCUUCCAACGUGCUGAUCAACACUCUGGGCCAAGUAAAGAUGUGCGAUUUUGGAAUCAGUGGCUACCUUGUAGACUCAGUCGCUAAAACCAUUGAUGCCGGAUGCAAACCGUACAUGGCCCCCGAAAGAAUAAACCCAGAGCUCAAUCAGAAGGGAUAUAGUGUGAAGUCUGACAUUUGGAGUCUGGGCAUCACAAUGAUUGAGUUGGCGAUCCUUCGGUUUCCCUAUGACUCUUGGGGAACUCCCUUCCAACAGCUCAAGCAGGUGGUAGAGGAGCCCUCACCACAGCUCCCGGGAGACAAGUUCACCGAAGAGUUUGUUGACUUUACCUCACAGUGCUUGAAGAAGAAUUCCAAAGAACGGCCAACGUAUCCAGAACUUAUGCAACAUCCAUUUUUCACCCUACACGAAUCCAAAGCAACAGACGUGGCAUCUUUUGUAAAAUUGAUUCUUGGAGACUAA